CAGACAACACCAAUGAAGAACGGAACUUCACCUUCCGACUUUAUCCUGCUGGGGCUUCUGGUGGACAGUCGAGUGACAGGGAUUGUAUUUACCGUUAUCUUUGCCAUUUUUGUGGUGGCUGUCACUGCAAAUCUGGUCAUGAUAUUCUUGAUUCAAGUGGACUCCCGCCUCCACACCCCCAUGUACUUCCUGCUCAGCCAGCUCUCCAUCAUGGACACCCUGUUCAUCUGUACCACUGUCCCAAAGCUCCUGGUGGACAUGGUUUCUAAAGAGAAAACCAUCUCCUUUGUGGCCUGUGGUAUCCAGAUCUUCCUGUACCUGACCAUGAUUGGCUCCGAGUUCUUCCUCCUGGGACUCAUGGCCUACGACCGCUACGUGGCCGUCUGCAACCCGCUCAGGUACCCGGUCCUGAUGAACCGCAGGGUGUGUCUCCUGCUGGCUGCGGGUGCCUGGUUUGGUGGCUCCCUCGAUGGCUUCCUGCUCACGCCCAUCACCAUGAAUGUCCCCUACUGUGGAUCCCGUAGCAUCAACCACUUUUUCUGUGAGAUCCCUGCGGUUCUCAAGCUGGCCUGUGCGGACACGUCCUUGUACGAGACCCUGAUGUACAUCUGCUGCGUGCUCAUGCUGCUCAUCCCCAUCUCCAUCAUCUCCACCUCCUACUCCCUCAUCCUGCUCACCGUCCACCGCAUGCGCUCUGCGGAAGGCCGCAAGAAGGCCUUCACCACGUGCUCGUCCCACUUGACUGUCGUCAGCAUUUUCUACGGAGCUGCCUUCUACACGUACGUGCUGCCCCGGUCAUUCCACACCCCCGAGCAGGACAAGGUGGUGUCCGCCUUCUACACCAUCGUCACCCCCAUGCUCAACCCUCUCAUCUACAGCCUCAGGAACAAGGACGUCACGGGGGCAUUUAAAAAGAUAUUUGUACGUUGCUCCGCUGCUCAGAAGGUAGCAACAGCCGGUGCCUAG